ACAAGUAAUAUACGUGUUUGGAAAUCUCCACUAAAAUCCAAGCCAUCUCUGUUUUGUGGCUAUUAUUGUUCCAUGAAACCUUCUCUCACACCAUUCUUCAAUAAAAAACCUAAGGCUCUCAUAUCUCACACCAAAAAAUAUCAUUCCACAGCCAAAGAACAUACACAAAAAGAAAAAAGAAGGGAAACCCACCAAAAUUAUACUACUUUCCGUAGGAAGAGAAGGUAGAGCUCAAGAAAUCUCGCGGAACUAAUUUUUUGAAGUAUAUUUCAAUGGCUACUUCAAUUUCAGCAACUGGGUUUAAAGGAGGUUUUGGUACCAGUUCAUUUAAGGUUGGCGAAGACUAUUCCAUGUUGGCUAAGUCAGUGCCUAACCAUGUUAGGGUUGCAAAGCCAGUAAGAAUGGCUCCAAUGAUGAAAAAUGUUAAUGAAGGGAAAGGUCUUUUUGCACCUCUUGUUGUUGUUACACGCAAUAUAGUUGGCAAGAAAAGGUUCAAUCAGCUUAGAGGGAAAGCAAUUGCCUUACACUCACAGGUAAUUACUGAAUUCUGCAAAUCAAUAGGAGCAGACUCAAAACAAAGGCAGGGACUGAUUAGGUUGGCCAAGAAGAAUGGAGAAAGACUUGGAUUUCUGGCUUGAGUAAAGGGCCAAUUAAAUACUCAAAAAAUUUGUCAUCAGCAUUUAAAAUGUUCCAAAUCCAUAGUUUAUUUCAAGCACUUUCAGAUGUAAAUGUUCUCUUCAUCUGAGUACUUUAGAAUCAGAAGCUUAGUACUCUGUCAUUCUUAAUUUUAGUUGUAAUACUUUGUCUCCAAACUUUUACUUGGAUCUAAAUAAUACUUGUAACGAUGCCUUUCCAUUUUC